AUGGGUCGCCUCGAAAAGCUACCAGUGGAGAUAGUAGACGAGAUCUGCACCUCGAUCGACGCACCCAGUUUCCGCCAUCUACGACUCGUCUGUCGUGAGCUCGCUGCAAAGAGCCACGACGCCUUCAUCCGCCAGCACGUCCGCGUGGUCCAUGUCAAUGUUGAUGAGUGUGGUCUCCAGCACCUCGUCGACCUCUCGAGCUGGCAAAACUUGGCGCCACUCGUGCAGACCUUGCAUCUCUAUCCGAGUACUUUGGACGAAAGAUGUGAUCGAAAACUCUUCACAGCACGCUUCAUGAGCACACCGCAAGGGUCACGAUUUCGCACGACAGAUCAUGCACGGGCAUACUUGUAUCGUUAUGGAUCAAAGAAUAUGGCCACUUCGGCAAAAGCGAUGCAUGAGGCGAUGGUGGCGCGACAGGAACGCUUCCUCGAUCGCCCAGACGCGGCCUUGAUCAUGCUCGCUCGGGCGAUACGGCAGCUGCCCAAUAUCACCACUUUGACCGUUGGCUCACAAGAGCGGACAGAGCGGCUGCAUGGCUCUUCGGGGCAAGUGAUCAUGGGAGGUCGUCAUUCUUUCAGCAAAACCAACACCAAACAAGCACUUGCGAUAGUACUCGAGGUCUUGAGCCAUCUCGCGAUUCGUGAUCUAAGGAUCGGACGACCGAUGGAUAGUAUUGAUACUACCGUCUUGCAGGGUAACAAGAAGACAAAAUGGGCCUUGAUGGCAAUCCAGAACUCUGUCCAAACCUUGACAGUAUGCCUUGGCCCACCCAAGCACGACUUCGACAGCGAGGCUCUGUCCGGAUUCCUCUCGAAGGCCGCGAAGCUCGAGAAUCUGACGCUCAUUGGUCACUACGACAUGUAUCCCGUAUCUCCAGCGAUGUCAUCUUCGACGACGAUGUCGAUGCUGAAGAGACUGGACCUGGAAAAAUGCUUCGUGGAUCCUGGAGUCUUUCGACGAUUCGUGGCUCGCCAUCAGGAGACUGUGAGGAGCAUUGAGCUACGUUCUGUCAUUAUGUGGACCAAGGAAUGGCAUGAUGUCCUCGACUUCCUCACCAGCGACGAUAUGGAGCUCGAUAGUUUAGUGCUCGAGCAUAUCCGGGCAUGUCGAUCGUCAGGAGAGUUCGGCUGCUUGGUCUUCGAGCACGCGGGACGCAGGGGCUGUUCUUUCUGCGGACAGCGCCACGACGAUACCGCCGAGCCAUGCAGGCAUGUUCGAGUAUCAGCUUACAACAGGGAUGACUUCAUCCAGAUGCGCCAAAAGCUGUUGCAGUCGGAAUGCCGAAUCUUUUGA